UUACUGACUGCAGAGGACCCCACAUCAAAGCAGGUGGAUGUGCCCUGAAGGAAGCUGCAGUCCGUGGAGAGCCCACUCUGGAGUAGGCUCCUGGUGGGUCUUGUGAUGCCAUGGGGGACCCACGCUGGAGCAGUUCAUGAAGAACUGCAGCCUAUGGGCAGGACCCACAUUGGAGAAAGUCAUGAAGGACUGUCUCCCAUGGGUGGGACCCCACGCUGGAGCAGGGGAAGAGUUUGAGGAGGAAGGAGCAGCAGAGAUGAAGUGCUAUAAACUGAUGGCAACCCCAUUCCCCAUCCCCCUGCACUAGGAAGGAGGUAGACAAGUCAGGAGCGAAGUUGGGCCUGGGAAGAAGGGAGGGAUAGGGGGAAUGUGUUUUUAGAUUUGUUCUUAUUUCUCAUUAUCUUGCUCUGUUUAAUUAGCAAUACAUUAAAUUAAUUUCUCCAAGUCAAGUUUUUUCAGCCCAUGAUGGUAAUUGGUGAGUGAUCUCCCUGUCCUUAACUUAACCGAGGAGCUUUUUGUCAUAUUUUCUCCCCCUGUCCUGUGGUGGAGGGAGAGCAAUAGGGUGGCUUGGUGGGCACCUGGGGGCAAGCCAAAGUCAGUCCACCACAAUAGAAAUGACAAAUAGAGUUGUUUUCUUGUAAGAAAGUUCCAUAAUAGCUUGAAUGACUCAAAGGGAGACACUCUCUUCUGUGGACAGUGUCUGCUCAGCGUGCUGCACAUGGGUUGGAGUCGUAUUUGAUACUGCACCACUCCAGGUUCCCAGCACCUAAAGGGAUGUAAGAUUAUCUGUGUUCUCUUAUUCUUCUGCUAGCUCUGAGAAAUAGGAUUGUGAAUGACACCUAGCAGAGUCUGGGUGCCUUUCUUACUGGGAUCACAAUGAAUCUGCACCUCCUGCUGGAAAUGCUCAAGGCUAAACCUGGCAGGGAUCUGGACAACCAAAUCUCUGUUCAUGCUUACAACAGUGUGCUGGGACAGAUGAUUUCCAGAGGCCCCAUUCCAGUGGGAACUCAUUUAUGAGCUAUUGUUUGUCUUGGUAUUGUAGGAGGUUUGGAAGUCACUAGUUCAGGCCAAAUUCUCAGUCCAAAUCCAAGAUGGGGUGAUGGGCGAACCCAAGAAAAGCAACUUGAGGUGCUGAGGAUCAUCUUUGCAAAGAUAGUUACAGAAGAAACACCUCUUCUCCUCAGCUUUGGUGGAAGGAUCCCCAUGGAGGUGUCAGCCAUGCUCGAGUGCCUUAGUGGGCUGGUUUUGGCUGGGAUAGACUUAAUUUUCUUGACAGUAGCUACUAUGGGGCUAUGUUUUGUAUUUGUGCUGAAAAUGGUGUUGAUAAUACAGGGACGUUUUCACUCAUGUGUAAGCUGAGCAGUGCUUACAGAGAUUCAAGGACUUUUCAGCUUCUCAUACCGCCCUGCCAGCAAGGAGCCUGGGAGUGCACAAGAAGACAGGACAGGGCACAGCUGGGACAGCUGACCAGCCUACCCCAACUGACCAAAGAGAUAUUCCAUGCCAUGUGACGUCAUGCUCAGCAUAUAAAGCUGGGGUAAGGAGAAGGAAGGGGGGGUGUAUGGAGUUACGGCAUUUGUCUUCCCAAGUAACCAUUGCGUGUGAUGGAGCUCUGCUUUCUUGAAGACGGCUGAACACCUGCCUAUCAAUGGGAAGUAGUGAAUGAAUUUCUUGGUUUGCUUUGCUUGCGUGUGUGGCUUUUGCUUUACCUGUUGAGCUAUCUUUAUCUCAAUCCAUAAGUUUUCUCAUUUUCACUCUUCGGACUCUCUCCCCCAUCCCACUGAGGUGUGUGUGAGUGAGCGGAUGUGUGGUGCUUAGAUAAUGGCUGGGGUUAAACCACAAAGCUUUUGCUUUCCUUGCAAAUCUGGCUGGUGGCCAUGACUGUGGAUGUGCUGCCUUCUGUGCGGCUGCUCAGAGCCACUGUUCCACCAUCCUGCCCUCUUGGGCUGCCUUUCUCAUCUGUUGGGACCGUCAGGCUCCUUGGAAGUCAUGAUGAUGCAUUCAGAGAGACAAGAUGGACAGAGACUGAAAUCUCUUGCUCACUGAGGGUGAACCUGUAAUUCAAGGGAAAGUUGUUCUUCCCUCUAGACAGGGUAUCUUUUCCUUGCAGUCCAGGGAGCAAGCAUACAGGAAGCCACAACUGGACAUGUUUUCAAGAGUUUCCAGAAAAGUCUUGGGAGAGCCUUAUAUUACCUGGAGAAUACAGAAGCAAGAGUACACCUCUGACCAUAAAGAAGCAAUUCAUCCAGACCAGGAGAUGGGUGUGAGAGAUUUCAAGGGAAUCCCUCUUCCAGGGAGUGCUGAGCAGAAGGAUGUUUCUCAGGCGUGGACUUCCCCUGGCUGCACUCUCAGGCACAGAGUCCACAGAGUCAAUGUGAAGAGAUUUCUUAAAAAAAAUCUUUUUAAAAGUAAAGACAGAAAUACGCAUUCCUUCUUGGUGCUCCUCUUCUUGGGAACUGCAGAAAUAAAAGAGAAACACCACAGCAUGGAUGGAGGGCAAUGGGUCAAUGGGACACCACCAGUGGAGUUCCUGCAGCUGGGAAUGAGCGAUGAUCCCUCUCUCCAGACACUGAUCUUCAUCCUUUCACUUGUCAUCUACACUGCGACUGUCUUUGGGAACAUCCUCAUCGUUGUGCUGGUGAUGGCAGAUCAGCAUCAGCGCACCCCCGUGUACUUCUUCCUGGGCAAUCUGUCCUCCUUGGAGACCUGCUACAGCUCCACCAUCUUGCCCUGUCUGCUGGCCAGCUUCCUGACUGGGGACAAGACCAUCUCUGCUCAUGGCUGUAUGUCUCAGUUCUACUUUUCCAGUUCUGCUGGUACUGAGUGUUACCUGCUGGCAGCCAUGUCCCGUGAUUGGUACUUGGCCAUCUGCCAGCCCUUACUCUAUGCAAGCCACAUGACCUGGAAGGUGAGUCUCCAGUUGGCAGCUGCGUCUUGGCUGGGGGGAUUGCUGCUAUUUGCAGUACUCACCUUCCUCUUAUCUCAAUUGAAGUUCUGCAGCCCCAAGGCAAUUGACCACUUCUUCUGUGAUUUUACUCCAUUGAUGGAGCUCUCCUGCAGUGACACCAACGUGCUUACAAGGGUUGCUUUAAUCUUUGUCUUCUUGGAUGCAGUAUUCCCUUUUCUGUUCACACUGGCCUCCUAUGUGUUUAUCAUAGCUGCUAUCCCGAGGAUCCCGUCCCAUCAGGGCAGGCAACAAGCCUUCUCCACCUGUUCCUCUUACCUUACUGUCAUCACUCUCUUCUAUGGCACUCUCAUCAUUGUCUACAUGCUGCCCAGGACAACUCCACUGAGGCAGCUCAACAAAGUGUUCUCCUUUUUCUACACUGUCCUCACACACCUGAUUAACCCCCUCAUCUACAGUUUGAGGAACAGGGAGGUCAGGGAGGCCCUCUGGAAGGUGCUCAGGAAAGCCAAGGCCUGCACCCAGAGCUCCUGGUGUGAGGGUGACAGUAGGAACAAACCACUUACAAUUCUUUCACAAGGGCAAGUGCUGAAUCCUGGGUGCACCUCCAGAAGUGUGUGCCACUGCGCCUACUUGAAACUAGCACAGGGAUGAAAGAGGAGAGUUCUCAGAAAUAAAUACUCUUGUAGAGGACAGACUAUGAAAAAUGCAAUGAGUUGGCUUUUCCCUUCAUAAUAAAUGGUUUGGUGACCUUAUUUGUGUGAACUUUUUAAAUGAUAGUUCUCCUUUACUGAGAAAGUAGAAGACCAAAUUUGGGACAACAUCUGAGUAUCAUCCAGACAAGCAUGAGGGCAUAUCUUUCCCUCCUCUGUUCCCUGAGGGGUCAACAAGACCCUGCCCCAGCUGCGCUCCUCUGGCUCCAGCUGUACCUUGUUCUUUUCACUUUUCUGGUAGGGAAAUAGGGACAGCUUGAUCCUAGCUUCUUCACCUUGGAGGAUCAGGCUUUCCUUUUCAGCCAUAUUUCUCCACUGGAAAGCCCUGAUUCAGCCUUCCUCCAGAGCCCAGGGACAGGAGUGGGCUUGGGGUCUGGAUUCCCACAGAUCUCGACUCCUUCAGUCCCCUUUGGGAUGGGAGCCUUUGCCACCAGCUAGCACAGCUGACUCCUCUUCAGCUUCCUCACCAAGAGCCCUGUGGCCUCUUCUGUGAAGCUGUUCUCUGAUCACUUGGCCCCUAGCUGACUCCUUGCACGGGGCUUUUGGGUUUACUGCACCCCAAUGUGCAGGACUCUGCCCCUGCCUUGGCUGGAUUUCAGGAUGCUCCUGAAAGUCCCAUUCUGCAGCAUGUCGUAAAAUAGAAUCGUAUAAUCAUUUUGGUUGGAAGAGACCUUUAAGAUCAUCGAGUCCAACCACUAACCUAGCACUGCCAAGUUACCCCUAAACCAUGUCCCUCAGCACUACAUUUACAUGUCUUUUAAAUACUUCCAGGGAUGGCGACUCAACCACUUCCCUGGGCAGCGUGUUCCAAUGUUUGAUAACCCUUUCAUUGAAGACAUUUUUCCUUAUAUCCAAUCUAAACCUCCCCUGGUGCAACUUGAGACUGUUCCCUCUUGUCCUAUCGCCUGUUACUGACCGACCCCCACCUCGCUACAACCUCCUUUCAGGUCGAUGUAGAGAGCAAUAAGGUCUCUCCUCUGGCUCCUUUUCUCCAGGCUGAACAACCCAAGUUGGCUCAGAUGCUUUUCAGAAGACUUGUGCUCUAGACCCCUCACCAGUUCGUUGCCCUUCUUUGGAUACGCUCCAGCACCUCAAUGUCUUUCUUGUGGUGAGGGGCCCAAAACUGCAUACAAUAUUCGAGGUGCAGCCUCACCAGUGCCGAGCACGGAGGUACAAUCACUUCCCCAGUCGUGCUGGCCACACUGUUUCUAAUACAAGCCAAGAUGCUAUUGGCCACCUUGGCCACGCUGCUGGCUUAUAUUCAUCCAGCUGUCAACCAACACCCGAAGGUCCUUUUCUGCCGGGCAGCUCUCCAGCCACUCUGCCCCCGGCCUGAGGCAUUCAUGGGGUUGGUGUGACCCAAGUGCAGGACCCGGCACUUGGCCUUGUUGAACCUCAUACCAUUGCCUGGGUCCAUCGAUCCAGGAAGGCUGUAGAGCCUUCCUACCUCAAGCAGAUCAACAUCCCACCCAACUUGGUGUUGUCUGCAAACUUACUGAGGGUGCACUGAAUCCCCUUGUCCAGAUUGUUGAUAAAGAUAUUAAAGAGAACCGGCCCCAAUACUGAGCCUGGGGAACACCACUUAUGACCAGCUGCCAACUGGAUUUAACCCUGUUCACUACAACUCUGGGCCAUCCAGCCAGUUUUUCACCCAGUGAAGUGUACGCACAUCCAAGCCAUGGUCAGCCAGUUUCGCCAGGAGAAUGCUGUGCUAAAUGGUGUCAAAGGCUUUACUAAGGACUAGGCAGACAACAUCCACAGCCUGUCCAUCAUUCACUAAGCGGGUCACCUUAUCAUAGAAGGAGAUCAGGUUUGUCAAGCAGGACUUGCCUUUCGUAAACCCAUGCUGACUGCACCUGAUCAGACAGGCAGGUUGUCCUGUACGUGUCACGGGAUGGCACUGAAGAUUAUCUGCUCCGUGACCUUCCCCAGCACCAAGGUCAGACUGACAGGCCUGUAAUUCACUGGAUCCUUCUUGCAGUCCUUCUUGUAGACGGGCGUCACAUUUGCUAUCCUCCAAUCAACUGGGACCUCCCCGGUUAGCCAGGACUGAUGAUAAAUGAUGGAAAGUGCCUUUGUGAGCACAUUCACUAACUCCCUCAGUUGAAUCCUCCCUUAGGUGGAUCCCAUCCGGCUUCAUAGAAAUUUCAAGAUGCCCCUCAAUAGCAACCUGGCUUCCAGAGUCUCAAGCAGCAGAUAACAGAGACCAGAGCUCUUGGGUCAGUGGUGGAUGGGCACUGAAGGAUCUUCCCUUGGUUCAACUUGGGAGAGGCUCAAGAAAGGCCCUAUCACAAAGGGAUAAAAUGAUCCUUGGUCUCCUGUAAAGAGCAAACUCCUUGUGGGAUAGUGAAUGGGGUUUGUGGGAAUGUAUAAAACUUGUUUGGGGGUGUUUGAAGAGGACUGUAGGAACACACAAAGGUUAUGCUAGGUUGUUCAGAAGGGCCAAAGGCAGGGAUCUGGAGGGAUCCAGGUCACUGUCCUGGUUUGACGUGAACGAAUUUUCUGUUCAGUAAUUUUACCUUUUAGCUAAGCCUCAUGGAGACACUGUUCGUUCUCAGAGUGAUAAGACCAAGGGAUGGUAUGCAGAGAGGCUCUUGCUUAUACUUACCACUAUAACAACCAAGGCCAGAUAACUUUGUUAUUUGCCCCGUUGGAGGGACAAAAGUAGAAAGCAUAAAGGGGUCGCAGCCGCAGGGAGGAGAGUUCAGGAUAGGUGACCCAAAAGUGACCAAGAGUGUAUUCCAUCCCAUCUGCCCCAUGCUCAGAAUAAAAGCUGAGGGAUCAAUGGGUCAGCCUCUUUCUUCAAUGGCUGAUGUCCGAGGAGGACUCUGUCUGUUCAUAUGCCUUUGAUCCCAAUCUGUGCCUUCCUGAAUCCAGAUCCAGAAUCCAGUUCCCAUCCAUUGCUGAGUCCAGUCUGGGACUUUCCCAAUGCCUGCUGGUGAUGUGAUCAUCAUCUUGGGAGCUUACUACAGUUUUGUGUAUAUUUUAUAUAUUUCAUUCUUUUCUUUUUAUUUUAUUAUUAAUAUUUCAUUAAAGUAGUUCAGUUUUUUUCCUAAACUCAUAAGUCUCUUUUUCUCUGUCCCUCC